CGUGACCUCCCUGUUUUCACCCAGUUAAGCGCAUGUACUUAAAAGACAGGCCACUACCAUUCACCAACACAAGCACGAUUAACACUUUAUUAAUGUCGGCCAGGUAAGAUCGCUCGCUGCAGGGACUCGGACCACUGGGAGCGGACCAUGGCGGCUGCCACGAGCAGCAACACAUCCACAGCCACGCUGCAGAUCAAGCACUCCAGUAUCGAGCAUACGCGGAAACGCAUAGACCCGAGGAGGAGGCAAGCGGCGUUGUCCUUUCUCAGCAACAUUUCCCUGGAUGGACGACCCGUGCAAGACGAUGCAGACAAUCAGAACGAGGAGGAGGACUCUCUUGACGCUAGGACUAGUCAGAGCCUGGUUUCUCCGGAGCGCACGGCGUACGGGGCUGCGGCUGCUGCGGCGGCUGCCUCCACGGCCGCCGAGGCGCUCGCUUUUGCAAACCAGGCUCUAUUAGCUAACAGCCGGGGUAGUUUCGGGACGGGUCCCGCAGCUGCCCCGUUGGGUGCAGACUCGGAGGGCGACGCUUUCCUGCCCUCCACUUUCAGCUCGCCGUUCUCCGCGGUGCCAGUGUCGACUAGAGGGAGGCUGCAGACGUACACUCAGGGAAUCCUACCUGCCCCAUACUCCAGGCAAAACCCCCAGAACUACAACCUGGAGGGCGGACAGAUAGCCAACUCUGCGAUAGAGCUGCAGAGAUCAAGGUUUUGGAAAGAUAGUGUUGGUUCUCAGCAACACAGUCUCCCUGGAUACAGUAAUACAACGACCAGCUGUUUGUUUAUUUACUGCAUGCAGGUGUUCAUUGGUCUGGAUAAAGACAGAUAUGUGCAAUCUCCUGAGAGGGAGGAGAGUUGUCGGCUGCAGGUGAGUGACAGCCGGCUGAACCUCGGAGCCGUCAGACGUGGCAAAGAGAGAGGAUGGAGGAUGGGGGAUGAAUACCGUGGGAAGCAGAGGAUCAGAAGGAGCUGGGCGUCCUCCUGA